ACGAGGCACCGGCUAUACGCAAGCAACCGAGGAUAAAAACAUAACACUAAAGUUUUGUGUGGUCUCCGAGUUAUUAUUUUACAUGAUUUUAAUUUAUUUGUAGCAGCAGUCAUUGGUAGUAAAUACCACACUUUCAAUGUUUAGUACUUUAUUACGAAAUUUACCAUAUCGGCUUGUACCCAAACAGUCGGUUCAUUUGCUGGAGAGCGUACAUUUUUCUUCCAAGCGUGCUGCAAUUGCGUUACGCAGUAAAAAACCUAAGGCAGACAAACCAACUACCCAGUACUUCGUGGACAGCAAACACAUUAGGACGGUGGGUGGAAAUGGUGGCGAUGGUUGUAUCUCGUUCCUUCGGCUUUGGUGUAAUGAAAAUGCCGGUCCCGACGGUGGGGAUGGAGGCAACGGUGGCCACGUUGUUUUCCAGGCUAGUUCUGACGUGCAUGAUUUGAAUCAUGUAACAACGCUUCUUACUGCAGAUGGUGGCGACAACGGCCGGAACAAGGAUUGCCACGGUAAGAAUGCUAGUCACACGGUAGUGAAGGUUCCUUUAGGGACGAUCGUGAAAAGUAGUAGCGGAAAGGUUGUCGGCGAUUUAGACAUCGAAGGGAUGAUGUUUGUUGCUGCGCGAGGUGGAGCUGGGGGUAAAGGCAAUCACUUCUUUACAAGCGACAUGGAGCAAGCUCCUCAGGUUGCUGAGCACGGUGGACAGGGAGAGACAAAAUCCUAUAUUUUAGAACUUAGAAGUAUGGCUCACGUAGGAUUCAUAGGUCUCCCAAAUGCGGGUAAAAGUACUCUGCUUAGGGCAAUUUCUAGAGCACGGCCAAAGGUAGCUUCCUAUCCAUUCACCACGUUGAAACCACACCUGGGAAUGGUGCAGUAUGAUGAUUACGAACAGAUCGCGGUUGCAGACCUUCCUGGACUGAUACCUGACUCGCACAAAAACAAAGGUCUAGGAAUACAGUUCCUGAAGCAUGCAGAACGUUGCAGCAUUCUACUGUUUGUGGUAGAUACAUCUUUAGAAGAGCCCUGGAAUCAUUAUCGUACUCUUAUGCACGAGCUGAGUAUGUUCAGCGAGGAAUUGGCCGACCGACCAAAGAUGUUAAUUGCUAACAAGAUAGACUUACCAGAAGCGGAGAAGAAUCUUCAGUUGUUGGAGCAUCACGUAGAUGUGCCGAUCAUACCGAUUAGUGCCAAGGUUGGAACAAACGUGGGUGAGUUGCUGAAGGAGAUCAGGACUGUUUAUGACGGAAUAAAAAAGAAGGAGCCGGUAGGGGUAAAGAUUGUCAAAAGCUGAGUUUUAUAGAAAUGCUUAAAUUAAU